CCCCCCCGAACUCCCCGAGACUGGACCCCAGAUCCCUCGGCAUCCGACCCCGCUCCCCGGGACCGGAGCCCGCCCACCUGGUACCUGAACUUGGCCCGGACCCCGCCCCCCUCCAGGUGCCGGAUCCUGGGCACGGACACGCUCCCGAGUACCUGACCCCGGCCCGGGACCCCCACCCCCACUCAGCUGGGACUCCUGGUCCUUGCCCCCAGGGAACCCCCCACCCCACCCACAUGGGAGCUCCCAGCCCUGCAGACCCCCCUGCACAUCCGGCUGGGCGCCCCCCAGCCCUGCCUGUAUAAGGCCAGAAAGGGCUGGGGGAGCUGGACCCCCACUGGGUGCAGGGCUGGGAGACCCCGGCUGUGGGGCUCGGUGUUUGACGCCUCCCAGGUCAUGCCUGCCCCCUCCCUGGGCACAUUUUGGGUUACUGGCAUGGCAUCUAUGUGCCAGCCCUGCCAGUUCUCUGUUCAGCGGUGGAGUCUCGGGGGAGGGGGGGGGGACCGCAACUGCUAAUGCGAACAGCAAGUGGGAUGCCUCUCUCCAGCCAGGCAAAAAGGGUAGAUGCCUAUCCCCCACUCCCCUCUGCAGACCCUAUAAGGGGGGCCACUGGAGAACAGGGCUUGACGAAUCAAUGGCAUCUCCAGGCAGGCCUGUCCCGGCUCCCAGCCCCGCCAGCCCCAUACCCAGCCGCAGCUCCAGGCCUCACUCUCCUCCCCAUCAGGGACGACUACGACCGGGAGGUGAAGCAGGCCAAGGAGAAGGUGAAGAAGAGGCACACGCCAACCCCGCCCCGGCCCAGGAAACCUGACCAGCGGGUGUACCACCCCUGCCGGAGAAGUCGAGUGGACCCAGCCUGUGGCCUGGAGUAUGAGGGGUCUAGCGAGAGCAGCUCCAGCACCGAGCCAGAUCCCCGCAGCACAGAGCUCUUCUGCCUCGAGUAUGAGGCCGACAGCGGCGAGGUCACCUCGGUCAUUGUACACCAGGAUGACAGCCCCGAGGAGGUGACGGAGAAGGUCUGUGCCCAGAGCCCGCUGGAGCCGCCCCUGCAUGAGGCCCUGAGGCAGCGGGUGCAGGAGGAGCUGCGGAAGCGGCGAGCGAAGCGCUGAGGCCCCGUGGCGGCCGUGCUGGACGGGGAGCCGGGCGCACAUGGGGAGCUGCGGAACCUUGGCUGGUGGGAGCUGGAGGCUCUGGCCCCAGGGAGCAAGGACCCGGCUACCCCAAGCUCUGACAGACUUGCGGAGCGGGUUUGUUCCCUACCUCUUCCAGCCACCCCCAGCAGCCAGGGCCCAGCGCUGGUGCCCCCCGCAGGAGCUGGCUGCUAGGUAGGGGAUCCUGAGCGGGGCGGCCUGGGGGCUCCUGGGAACUGGGGCAGAUGAAGCCCUGGGCACAGCCUGGCAGGAGGAGCCUCGCCCAGCCUCGUAAUGCCUGGAGGGUGCACUGGUGCUGACAGGCCCCAUGAAGCCACUCUGCCCCCAGGGUCCUCCAGCCUCCCUUCCCCCAAGUUCCCCUGCUCCCCCUCCUCUCAGGCUCCCCCCAACACCCAGCACCCCAGCCCCCAGGGUCCCCCAGCGCCCAGUCCCCCUGGCUCCCCCAUCCACCUGUUCCCUGAUUUCCAUGCCCCCAGGGCCCCCCAUCCCCAUUUCCCCAACUCCCAGCCCCUGGGGUCCCCUCUCCUCCGUUCUGUGGGUGGCUGAGCUGCUCAAUUCCCGGGGGGCUCACACCCAGGCAGACUGUUGUUUAAGGGAGCUCUGUGGCUGGUUGAACGUGCCAGGCUGUUGGCCAGCACACAGCACAGGACCUGGCAGCUGGGGCAGUGGCCGGAGGGCACCGGGAUUGGUCUGGUCCCUGAGAGGUUGCCACGGGCCCCAUGCCCCCACCCAGGCAGGAAUGUGCCACUGAGCCCUUUAGGGGACGCCCUGUGUCCUGGGUGGGGGAACUGGCUGAACCCCAUUGGAUCUGCCCUACAUGCAUGGUGGAACCGCCCCCUCGGAGCCGGGCUGCGUCCGGCGUCUCGAUUCUAGUGCCUGUUGGCCCCAGGGGCACUGGAGAAAUGAAUGAGCCCCGUGCGCCAGUGCCAUGGCCAGCCAGGCCUGCCCCAGGGAGCUCUCGGCACCGGGACCGCAGGGCCCUGUGCUCACAGCACCAAUAAACACGCUGACAAAACAGAA